UUACAAAUUAAUUUUUUUAACUGCAACUAAGAUUGAAUGAACAAGAAGCUAUAAAACUAGUAGUAGUAUUUUACUGGCAAAUUGCAGAAAAUAUAAUAUGAACUAAAAGAUGAAUUGAAAAGAAUCUCCUUGGAUUAGCUCUAUAAGAGGCCAAGGGAGAAGACAAACUAGGACAUAUUGAACUUCAUACAGCUUGCGCGGAGAAAAUGAGUAACCUAAAAAACAAGUUGUUUUUCGCUAUUGUGAUACUCUUCCUAGCUGGUCUAACAGAGGUCAAUGGAGGAGAGCUAAUAACCUGCACCAACCGGAAAAGCAAAUGCUUUCUGAAACCAUUAUAUUGCCCUGCGGAAUGCCCAUCAAAAUCUCCAAGUAACCCGAAGGCUAAAGUUUGCUAUAUCAACUGUAAUUCCCCGGUGUGCAAGCCUGAGUGCAGAAACAGGAAGGCGAAUUGCAAUCAACCCGGAGCAGCAUGCUUGGAUCCUCGCUUCAUUGGUGGAGAUGGAAUUGUAUUUUACUUCCAUGGCAAGAGCAAUGAACAUUUCAGCUUAGUUUCAGAUCUUAAUCUCCAGAUUAAUGCCCGUUUCAUUGGCUUGCGACCUGCUGGUAGACCCCGAGACUACACAUGGAUUCAAGCUCUUGGAAUACUCUUUGACAUGCAUGCUUUUUCAGUGGAGGCUACCAAGGCAGAGUCUUGGGACGACGAAGUUGAUCAUCUGAAAUUCUAUUAUAACGGAAAAGAGUUAGGCUUACCAGAAGGAUAUCCAUCCAUAUGGGAAUCUUCUGAAAGCGGCAUCAAGGUAGAAAGAACUGCAAACAAGAACGGUGCUUUUAUCACACUACCAGAAGUAGCAGAAAUUUCAGUAAAUGUAGUACCUAUUACCAAGGAAGACGACAGGAUCCACAACUAUCAAUUACCUUCUGAUGACUGCUUCGCUCACCUGGACGUGCAAUUCAGAUUCUAUGGCCUCUCAACGAAGGUUGAAGGCGUUCUUGGCCGGACUUACCAGCCAGACUUCAAAAAUCCAGCAAAACCAGGUGUUGCAGUGCCUGUAGUGGGAGGUGAAAAGAUGUACAGAACUUCAACCCUUUUGUCUUCCAAAUGUAACUCCUGUAUCUUCUCUCCAGCUGGAGUUUCUGAAUAAUCAGACCCC